UAUUGGCUGUUAACGAAGAAUUUGUCGAGCUAGAUAAAAUCCUUGUGUUACAAGAUACGGAUAUAAUUGCAGUCAUCCCACCGCUCAGCGGAGGAUAACAUGGAGGAGCCGAAGAAUUUUGUCAAACUGCAGUGGGAGGAAUUAAAUGUCGCAGAAAUUACGGAGCUGAUAACGUUUUCCAAUUGCGGUGCGAUAUCCCAGUUUGUUGGUAUCACCAGAGACAACUUUAACGAUAAAAAGGUGGUUACACUGGAGUAUGAAACCUAUGAAUCAAUGGCCUUGAAAGAGAUGCAAAACAUCUGUACUAAGAUUCGCUCGCAAUGGGAUGUAGAAGGCAUUGCGAUAUAUCAUCGUCUCGGAAAAGUGCCUGUGUCCAAAGCGAGCGUUGUGAUAGCGAUUUCAUCACCACACAGAGAAGAAUCAUUGAAAGCGGUGGAAUACGCCAUCAAUACGUUAAAGGCAACGGUGCCUAUUUGGAAAAAAGAAGUGUACGAAACGGGAGAACCAGAGUGGAAAGAAAACAAAGAGUGCGCAUGGGCAAAUAACGGUAGAUUUGUAUUGGAGCCGAAAAACUUCGCUAAAUUUUUGGAAAGGAGAGACGUUUCAAGAACCGCAAGGGUAAACAAAGAAAGCGAGACCGAUAACGAAAUCGAGGAUGUCGAUCCGAAUCUCGUGCAAAUCCGAGCGAGCACGGAGGAGUUGAAUCGUAGAAUACAAUCGUUCAUAGAAAGGAAACGUCAGCAAGUAAAUGCUGAAAAUGUAAUGGAGUUUUGCAACGACAGCGAAAAGAACAAUGACAAGGAAUAUUCUUGUGCGAGAGUAGACGCCAUUCUUGUUCGACACAAGGAUUCCAAAAGUCAUGUAAAAGUUCACAGAGUAUCGCACACGUGGGGACCGCAAACGGUUGAUCACUCGAUUUUAUGCGAAACAAGCACAAGCAACAAAAUUUCUAACACUUUCACCAGCUGUUCUUCUGUACUAGACGAUAGAAUUUCUACGGUGGAAAGUUCGAUAGGAAUUGACAAACCUGUACCCAAAGACGUUUAUGAAAGAUUAAAGAAUAUCGAGAAUAGAAUAAUGUAUUUAGAAAGCGUGUCACCGGAAUACUUGGCAAUAGAUAAAAUAGAAGAGAAUACAAUAAACGCCAAGAAAAUUCCGAACACCUCUCGUGCGGUGCAAAAAAGAACUUACUCGCUGGCGGAACUCACCUCUAAAUUAUGUCAAUUACAAAAUAAACAUCCCAACAGAAUUCGUACUUAUAAGUGAAGCUUCCAUUUAGAAACAAGAGAUGUUAGUUCUUUUUUACAUUGUUUGUUUUAAAUUUACAUUUUAACGAAGUGUUAUUCUGUGAUUUUAUUUUUUUGCUCGAUUAUGUCUUUUCUGCUUAAUGAUAUGAACCUGAAUUAUAUAUAAACUUGAAAUAAAUAUAAAAGAGAAGAUA